UGACAACAGUAUUGGCAAUCAUAUGAGCGUUGAAUGCAAUGGUUUUCCUAUGGAUUCGCCGUUAAAUCUGGCCCAUCGAUGCCAUCGUAAAGCCGAGUACUAUCUCAAUGAUAAUCGUUUCAAAGAGGCCGUCGACUACCAUCUGAAAGCCGCCGGUCAGUCAUCGGGCGCUCAGACGAGUGGCCGACACGUGUUUGCACAGCAGGUGGACGACCAUCGGGUGGUUGUGGACAAACACUCAGACACCACACCUCUCGAUGGGUGGCAUCAGAUAGUGAUUGUCAUUAUUGUUGUUGUUGUUGUGGGUGUCGUUGCCGUGGGAUGUCACAUACAGGAGGCGCUGUUGAGCACGACGUGUGCGCUGAUGAAGGCGUCGCUGGAGACACAAAAAGCGUAUCACUUAUCGCAAGAAGCGGUUCUCAAACAGCGCGACGAGUGUCAGCGGCAACAGGUGUUGACCCGUAAGCAGGAGUUACUACAGCGGCAGCAACUCAUCGACAAGUUUGGCCAUCAAAUGGCAACACAGUUGACACCCGGCGGGGAAACCCCGGGCGGCGACAGCGGACUGACGAGCGCCGCCACCACUGCUGGCCAUACAAUGGACACCAACUCGAAGGCGUCGGUGAUGUCUGAGUUGAGAGACAUUAUGUCGGAACACGACUCGCUUCUGCAUAUACUGAUUGAGCGCCGCUCAGACAUCGAGGCCGAAGUGAAGCCAUCGGUGGUCACAGGCGCCGAACCACUGAGCUCUUCCAACUCGUCGGCCGACUCUAUGUAUAAAAGCGGCUCAAAGAAGCCCAAGACUGACAAGACUGUCAUCGAAGAGCUGCAGACUGUGAACGAGAAGUUAAAGCAAUUAGUCUUCCAAUUGGCCGAAGAGUUGGACGCGUGUCAGCGCGAGAUUCGCGACCUCAGGGCGCAGAAUAUGGUCUUAAAGGCCGAGAACAGUCACGUGUCGACUGUGCCUGAGUUGCCACCACUGGAACCGCCGGAACUCCUCUAUUAA